AUGAAUCAAAGUCAAAACCAAAAGCAAGAAUUUUCAUCUAAGCGAAAUUUGAAGGGAUUUCCACAACCUCUCCCAUCAGCUUAUGUUCAAAGUGAUAAAUUAUAUCAUAACAAGAAUUCAAAUGAUCUUAAUCAAAAUUAUUAUCAUCAAUCAGAACUGUUUCCAAUAGUAAAUACAGCACCACCAUUAGACUCGCGUCAUUCUCGAUCUCAUUCUCAUAAUAUUGUUAAUCCCAAUCCUUUACCUAAAAUCUUUUAUCCUUUAAAUCAUAAUGGACAUCAACAAAAUCGUACAAUAGGUUCACCCAUUCCUUCGUCAGCUCCACCUCAAUCACCUUCUUCACACUUAAAGCAACAACAACAACAGCAGCAAGGGUCACCGGCCCUUUAUCAUUUCCAACAAUCACAGCAUCAUCAACAUCAGCGACAAACUCCAUUACAAUCUCAACAAUUGCAAUCGCAAGCUAAAACUCAAAAUCAACGACAACAAAAACUGCAACCGCAACAACCACAACAACAACUUCAACCACAACAACCACAGCAGAGACAGCCGCAAAAUUGGACAAGUCUAAUACCACCACAACCCUCAACUCAAGAUGAAUUUCAUUUCACUACUACAAAAGACGCGUCGAAAGAUCCUUCACAAAGACAUUCAAUAGCAAUUUCCCCUUCCCCAGACAAUCGAGAUAUUACGAUGAAUGAUGAAAUCUCACGAGAGCCAAUAGAAUAUAUUCCACCAAAGAAAAAGAGUAGAAAAACAUGUAAAAAAUGUGGACUUGAAAUCACAGGUCAAUUUGUUAGAGCGUUACAAAAUGCUUAUCAUGUAAAUUGUUUCAAUUGUCAUGAAUGUGGUAAACAAUGUUCAGCAAAAUUCUUUCCAUCAGAAAUAGUAGAAAAUGGUAAACCGAAACAAAUAGCUUUAUGUGAGUAUGAUUAUUUUAAGAAAUUGAAUUUGAUAUGUUUUAGUUGCAACAAUGCUUUACGAGGUCCUUAUGUCACAGCAUUAGGUAACAAAUAUCAUCUUGAGCACUUCAAAUGUUCGGUAUGUCAACAUGUUUUUGAUUCAGAUGAGAGUUAUUAUGAACAUGGGAAUGAUAUAUUUUGUCAUUAUCAUUUUUCAAAAUUAUAUGCAUCUCAUUGUGAAGGAUGUCAAUCUUCAAUUGUAAAACAAUUUGUUGAAUUAUUUCGAGGUGGUAGAAAUCAACAUUGGCAUCCAGAAUGUUUCAUGGUACAUAAAUUCUGGAAUGUGUGCAUUACCGCAGAUUCUGUUGGGUUACAAAAAAUGUAUAAUUUACAAAGUGAUAUUGAUCUUCGACUAAUUAAAAUGUCUGAUAUAAUUGAUUCAAACAAAUUAAUAGCAAUGGAACAACAUAUUGAACAAGUUGUAAUGAAUUGUUGGCUAAUGUUGUCUGGUUAUGAACAAGCAACUGCUUCAUGUAUAUCAGACAUGCUUUUGAAUGCGUGCACAGGAAAUAAAUACGGUGGUUUAGUAAUUACAGGAAAGUUGAUUUUAAACAUUGAGAUAUUAUUCAAUGCAUUAGAUUACGUGUUGGACAAUUGCAAAAAAUGUCAACAAAGCUCUUUAAUAAAUGGUAAUGAUCAGGAACAACAAAACUAUUUUCAAAUAAUUAAAAAAGAACCUAGAAAUAUUACUGGUAAAAUUAUGAGUUAUUUAGCGAUUUUAAGAAAAUCCGGGAGCAUAUCGAAAUCAGGUACAUUAUCAGCUGAGCUUUUAUCAGUAAUUACAGGUUGUGCUCAUUAUUUGAAAUUGUUAAUAAGAAUUGGAUUAUACAAUGCUUUAAAAUUGAAUAAAAUUCAAGGUACAACGGAAGCUCUUGAAACUUUUCUACAACUAAUAUCUAAAUUUGAAUCAAUUAAUACGUUAGAUAUUGAAGAUCUUAAGACUGGAUUAUAUACUCCACAAAGUUCCACAGAUGCAUGUACAUCUUGUGCCAAGAGUAUAGAGAAAAGUUGCAUGAAAUUCGGUGAUCAUAGAUGGCACUUGAAAUGUUUUAUAUGUAAUGAAUGUCAUUCUCCAAUUGAAUCAGUCGAAGGUGUUACUUUUAAUGUUUCUCACCAAGCAAUAAAUUGUAAGAAAUGUAUCAAUGAAGGUAUUGCCGGUUUUGAAUAUGUUUCUGAUUUAUCUCAGUUAGUUUAUUUAUUGAAAAUUGCAUUAUUAAGAUCUAGAUCAGUGAUGAAUAUUGAUUUUUCAAUUUCAUCAACGGAUGAUAAGCAAAGUUCGGAACAAGAUAAUUAUGUUAAAACUUUAGAUGAUGUCACAAGAUUGAGAAGUAGAAGACAAAGUCAAAAAUUAUCUAAAUCUGUAAAGAAAAAAGCAAGAAAAUCUAUUAUUGUAACUGCUCCUGAAGCAGAUCAAGGUGAUGUAUUAGUCGAUGAUGUUACCAGUGGUAUAACUGAUAUGAAAAUGGAAAGAAAAGUUAGUGAAUAUUCAUUUGAUAAUAAUGAAGAAAUAUCAGUGAAAAAGGAAUUACAAAUUAGAGAUGAACCUUUGAGACAAUUAACUUCAAUACAUUUGGAUAGAACUUCUGAUUUAUUAAAAAAUGAGAAAUCCUUAACAUUAGAUGAUAUACCAAGAAUUGUUGCUGCAGAACAAGCUCGAGAUCAAAGACCAAAUGCAUUUAAACAUCAUAAUAGAUUAUAUCAAAGAUCUGGUUCUCAUAAAUUAAAAAAUGGUGGUAAUAGUAAUAGUCCAUUAACUAAUGGAAAUACUUCUCCAAGUAGUGCAUUAAAUCAUAUACUUAAUUCUGGAAAUCAAACUAUUUCAUCAACUUCAAAACAAAAAUUUGUUUCAGAACUUAAUAAAAAAGAACAUUUCAUUAUACGACAUUUAGCUAUAGAAGCAUUAAAUCAAAUAAAUUCUGAUAAAUUUAAUAAAGAUGAAUUACUUACAUUAAUUCAAACUAAAAAAUCACCAACAUUUUGGGAAAAAUUAAGAUUUGGAGGUGGUGGUAAUAGUAGUGGAAAUCAACAAAAAACUAAUGGAGUAUUUGGAGUAGAUUUAAGUAUAUUAACUAAAAAAUUUGGAGUUGAAUCUGAUUUAGGUGUUGGACCGACAAAAUUAAGAAUUCCAAUUGUUGUUGAAGAUAUUAUAAAUGCAUUAAAACAAAAAGAUAUGUCAGUUGAAGGUAUAUUUAGAUUAAAUGGAAAUAUUAAAAAAUUAAGAGAAUUAACUGAAGAAAUUAAUAAAAAUCCUUUGAAAUCUCCUGAUUUUAGUACACAAACUGCAGUACAAUUAGCAGCAUUAAUGAAAAAAUGGUUAAGAGAAUUACCAAUACCUUUAUUAACUUUUAAUCUUUAUGAUUUAUGGAUAUUAUCACAAUCUGAAAAAGAUUUAGAAAUUAGAAAAAGAAUAUUACAAUUAAUUUAUUGUUUAUUACCAAGAGAUCAUAGAAAUUUAUUAGAAGUAUUAUUAUAUUUUUUUAGUUGGGUUGCAUCAUUUUCUGAAGUUGAUGAAGAAAGUGGUUCUAAAAUGGAUUCUCAUAAUUUAGCUACUGUAUUAGCUCCAAAUAUUUUAAUUUCAAAACAAGCUGCUUCUAAUUCUAAUUCAUCAAUGUCUGGUACAUCAAAUAUUAAUAUAACAUCAAUUGAAUCAAAUGGAGGAGGAAAUGGUGAAAAUUAUUUUUUAGCUAUUGAAGUUGUAAAUCAAUUAAUUGAACAACAUGAAGAAUUAAGUACAAUUCCUAUUGAUUUAUUAAAUAUUUUUGAAAAUUGUGGAUUUGAUUCUGAAAAAGAUUAUUCAACAAAAGAAAUUUUAAAUAAAUUGGAAAAUGUUUAUAAAGAAAAUGAAAAUGAUAAUUUAAUGAAGUAA